AUGAAGGAGAUCAGCAUGCGGCCGCUUCAGCCCUUCUUUAAGUUCGUCUACCAGACCCCCAGCCGGACCAGCGUGGGGCCGUUCGCCGCCAGCUCUCGCCUCUGGCACGCCAUGAACGACCUUCGAGAGCCACCUCCACCGUCACCGCAAGCCUCCUCCCCUGUGCACCAGGUGGAGGGUGACGUACAGGAGGAGGAAGGCUCCCAAGGAGAGGUCGGGGGGGUGCACGGCAGCCAGGAGGAGGAAGGUGUCGAACGCGGAGGGGGUGCCGCGGAUCGGAAGGCGGGGGGCAGGAAGAGGGAGCGGUUGGUUGACGGCGGCAUCUUUGACGGCCUGGGCGGGGGGCUGGGGCUGGGCCUGAUGGGAGGUGGUUACACGGACGACGAGGAGGAGGAGGAAGGGGAGGGCGGCAGCAACGGGUUCUUCAGCAAGGAGGUCGACGCCGACUCGGACCCGAUAGCGGCGGUGGUGUACUCGGUCACGCCGCCGACCAACGCGGAGCGCCAGGGUUGGGAGCACGCCCACAACGAAGUGGGCGGGAGACUGCCGAUAGGCCAGCGGCGGGUGUGCCUGGUGAUGUCUCGGAGGUCGGCCGAGUCUCACCUGAAGAUCUUGAAGAUGGGCGGCGCGAAGGACAAGCGGUCGUGGGCAGACGUCAAGGGCAAGAUUUCCAGUGAGGGCGUACCAGGCGUUGGCGAUGUGGAGACGGUAGACGUUCCUCUGACUAAGGCCAACAUGAAGCUCUUCCGAGUGCUGCUGGAGGAGAGGGCCGGCUGCGCCUACGCGGUUACGGAUGCGCCCAUGGUGCAGCUCGAGAUGUCGGGAGAGAGGCAAGUGACGGGCGGGCGGGUGAUCGGCUUGCGAUUUGUGAAUGGCUGGCGUGCGCCCUAA